AUGUCGGAAAUAAAAUCUGACGAAAGAUGGACCUCACCAUUCUCGUGGUUCGACCACUUUUGCUUGAUGGCCAAACGAGACGAUCCUAAAACUCACCCUGGAUGGCAAAAGAACGCGAUAGUUGUGAUUAUCACUCUUUCGGCUUUCACUGCACCCUUCGCCUCAUGCAUUCUCUUCCCAUCUUUCACAAUCCUCGUGGAACAUUUCCAUACGACUCAAACCAAAGUCGCUCUCACCACGACUGUAUUUCUUCUGGGUUUGGCUGUUGCACCGUUGUGGUGGAGCACCUUGAGUCAGGAGUAUGGUCGCCGGCCGGUACUUGUAUUCAGCUUUCUCAUCUCGACAGCCGCCGUGAUCGUCUGCGCUGCUACCAAUUCCCUCCCUCUGAUCACCGUCUUCCGUCUCAUCGAAGCGGUGGGCUGUUCAUCUGCACAAAGUGUCGGAGCGGGUGUCAUCAGUGAUAUUUACAGCCCGACUGAGCGCGGAUCGGCGCUGGGAUGGUUCUACCUUGGUACUCUGAUCGGACCUUUGGUUGCUCCUAUCAUCGGAGGUGCCCUCCAAGUAUGGCUUGGCUGGAGAGCAAACCUUUACUUCAUGGCGAUCUUCACACUCACAACGUCAAUUCUCACGAUGAUGUGUCUGCCUGAGACGUUGGUCAAACCUUCUACUCCGAAAAGCGAAAGUCCGGCAUGGUACCGAACUAUCCAGCGGGAUAUCGUCGCCCCGCUCCCGAAGUUGAAAUUCCUCUUGGUGCCAUCGAUCGCGUUGACAAUUGCCUAUAUCAGCAUUUGUUUUGCUAGUCUGUACUGUUUCAACACCACCCUUCCAUAUGCGUACUCGGCAGCACCUUACAAUUUCUCCGCGAUCGAGAUUGGGCUUUGCUAUAUCAGCAAUUGCCUCGGUUAUGCAAUUGGGAGCGUUGUGGGUGGCAAGUUGAGUGAUGCUAAGUUGCGUCAGUAUCAAGCAACCCACAACGGAGAAAUAAGACCGAUCGAAAGAAUCAAGACCGUGUGGUAUGGGGUUGGAUUCGUGCCAGCUGGUCUCCUUAUUUACGGAUGGCUGGUCGAGAACAAGGUGUUUUGGAUCGCUCCUCUGGUCGGCGCGUUCUUAUUCGGACUAGGACUCAUGCUCGUUACCUCGACAGUUAUGCCUUUCCUUGUCGAUAUCAAGCCGGGGAUGGGUGCUUCGGUUGUGGCAGAUUUAAAUUUUGUUCGCAAUAUUCUGGCCGCCAUAGGCACUGUUCUGUCACCAAUUGCUGCAACAAAUAUUGGCUUUGGGUGGUGGAUGACAGCGCUGGCACUAUUAUGCUCUUGCUCGGUGGCCUUCUUGGGGAUCGUCGUUUGGAGAGAUGCGGUUGAGAGGAAAACGUCCAAGUUGGAAGGUACUGUUUAG